AUGCUAGCUGGGUCAGGUGUAUAUUUACUGGACACCAAACCAACCACCUUGUUCUUAUUCUCAUUGUUCUGCUCUAGUUUCCGGCGACCCGUGACGGAGAGCGGCGGAGCAUCAACCAAACAGAAAAAGGCAUUACAAGGUCCAAGUCCAUUGCAAAUAAUGUCUGCAGGUAAUACGGAGGAUCUCUUUCAACUAAUUAAAAUUAUUGUCAAAUCAUUGCAGGAAUAUGAGGCUGAUGAGCUAGAGAGAUUAGGUCUCGGAGUCAAACACCGUGAAGAGAGAAUUAGGGAUUUGAGGAGUGAGAAAAUCAGCUUAGAUGGUUCUAUUCUAGAUCUGGAAGUUAGUAUUGGAAAGUAUCAGGCAUCCUGCAGUAUUCCUGUCAACAGAGAAGUGGAUGCUCAAAGUGAGGACGAGACUUAUAAAAAUAUUUUGGAGUUAGAGAAAUCUGCUGCUGGACUUGUACACCAGCUAAGAACUCAACAAGGAACUCAGGUUUCUCAUAGUCCAUUAGUGAAGGAUGUACUUGGUUUUGUUGCUACACUAGGCAAAACCGAUGAUGAAAACCUUAGCUGGCUGCUUGCGGAGUACUUGGGGAGAGAAACAAUGAUAGCAAUUGUUUGCAGAAACUCUGAUGGAGUUCAAGCUCUGAAGACUUUUGGCAUAGAAGGUGCUAUAGAUAGGAAUCAUGUUCAACAAGGGCACGGCUCUUCUGCUGGACGUACAAUAGAUGGUCGAUUUCAAGUUAUAUGUCUCGCUGAUAUAAGACCGUAUGAUGGCGAGUUCAUAUAUAAUGAUCCACAAAGGAGGCUCGAUAUUCUGAAGCCAAAAUUGCCUGGUGGAAUACUUCCUCGUGGCUUUCUUGGAUAUGCUGUGAAUAUGAUCGAUAUUGAUAAUGCAAACGUAUGGAUGGCCACUCCCCACUAUGGGCUUAGGGAGACUCUUUUCUACCAUCUCUUUUCGCACCUUCAAGUUUAUGAAACAAAGGAAGACAUGUUGAAGGCCCGCCCCUUCAUAUCUGAUGGAGCAGUAUCCUUGGAUGGUGGAAUAAUGAGACGUUCUGAUAAUUUUUACAUGGCCAAUAGGGAAAAAGCAAUAGUUAAGUUCCCGAUGAUCCUUGGAAAACCUAGUCUACCUGGAGACUACUACGAGACUAAAAACGAUCUGCAAAUCAAAAAGUGGAAGCUGGAAAUAUUGCUAGAAAAUAUUUGCAGAGAACAAUCAGUGCUGGACCAGGAUAGGUUCAAUUUUGAAGUCAAGAGACAAGAGUUUGUUCAGUUAGCUCGGCAGCAGAAGCAGGAGCACUAGCAAGUCCAGCUGGGCCAGAGAUUUUGGCCAUGGAACUCAUUCUCCUGUCAUCAUCUAGUAUUUCGAUUAUGUAGUUGUUAUAUUCUUACUAUAGUUAAAACCUAUAAUGGGUAUCAUUGAGGACGAUUUGGAGACAGAUCUAGAGUUUAUUUGUACUGCAAAUGAUGUGUCUAUUCUGCUUUUAGAUGAUAUAUACCAUAAGUUGUCUU